UGUUAGGGGCGAGGGGACUUGGUGGUUUUCAUUUCCCUCCACCAAACAAGAAAACAAAAAUGGCACUCAAAAUCCCACCAAUAAUUCAUCCUCGCUCUCUUCACAUUCUUCCCCGCCAAAACCCUAAUCUCACACCACUCUCUCCCUCUCCAACCGUUUCUAACCGUCAUCUUCCUCUUCAUUUCUUCCCACCUUCCCUUUCUCCAAAUUUAAUCCUCUCACCCUCCGCACUUCACCGACCUCGCUUCGUAACCGCUCGCGCCGCAAUUCAAGGCCAUGAAGAAUUCACCGGUGAUGCUGAUGGCCUCGCAGAUUCAACCGAACACAAAGACCGAAUCACCGAAGCUUCUGAAGAAGAUAAAACGACGCAGAGUAGUGAGAAGGAACUAGCGAAACAGGGCAUAUGGAUUCAGAUGAAGGAAAUUGUCGAGUUUACAGGACCAGCAACGGGACUUUGGAUCUGUGGACCGUUAAUGAGUCUAAUUGACACUGCAGUUAUUGGUCAGGGAAGUUCAAUUGAGCUUGCUGCUUUAGGUCCUGCAACAGUUGUUUGUGAUUACAUGAGCUAUGUGUUCAUGUUUCUAUCAGUUGCUACUUCCAAUAUGGUUGCUACUGCCCUUGCUAAACAGGAUAGAGAAGAAGUGCAGCAUCACAUAUCUGUCUUGCUUUUUGUUGGGUUGGUUUGUGGCUUCACAAUGCUUUUGUUCACAAGGCUAUUUGGUGCUGCCUCACUCACUGCUUUCACUGGGUCAAAGAAUGCACAUGUAGUACCUGCAGCUAACACUUAUGUACAGAUUCGAGGCUUCGCAUGGCCUGCUUUACUUGUUGGAUGGGUCGCACAGAGUGCAAGUCUUGGUAUGAAAGAUUCAUGGGGACCCUUGAAAGCUUUGGCUGCUGCUAGUGCUAUAAAUGGCAUUGGUGAUAUACUUUUGUGCACCUAUUUAGGCUAUGGAAUUGCAGGGGCCGCAUGGGCUACAAUGGCAUCACAAGUUGUUGCUGCUUAUAUGAUGAUGCGAAGUCUAAACAUGAAGGGAUACAAUGCCUUUUCAUUAUCUAUCCCUUCGGGGAGGGAACUUCUGACGAUACUUGGGCUUGCUGCUCCUGUGUUUAUGACAAUGAUGUCCAAGGUGGCUUUCUACUCCCUGCUAAUAUAUUUUGCAACAUCAAUGGGUACACAUACAAUGGCUGCUCAUCAAGUCAUGGUCCAAACCUUUUGCAUGUGCACAGUAUGGGGUGAACCUCUCUCCCAAACUGCGCAAUCAUUUGUGCCUGAAUUGUUAUAUGGAGUUAAUCGGAAUUUGUCAAAGGCCCGGUUGCUUCUAAGAUCUCUUGCACUAAUUGGAGCUAUUCUUGGAUUGUUAUUAGGAACAGUUGGAACAUCAGUUCCUUUCUUAUUUCCCUACAUUUUUACACAUGAUCAGAUGGUCAUUCAGGAGAUGCAUAAGGUGCUGAUUCCAUACUUUGUAGCACUGGCUGUGACACCCCCUACUCACAGCCUUGAGGGAACGUUGCUGGCCGGAAGGGAUCUAAGAUACAUAAGUUUGUCAAUGAGUGGAUGCUUAUGUGGGGGUGCACUGGUAUUAAUGAUCUUGAGUAGCAGAUACGGUUUGCAAGGCUGUUGGUUCUCCCUUGCAUUAUUUCAAUGGGCUCGUUUUUCGAUGGCCCUCAUUCGACUUCUUUCUCCCAAGGGCAUUUUAUACUCGGAAGAUACUGACCAGUAUAGACUGCAAAAGAUUAGGAAUGCUUAGUCUAGAACCUCAGGUAAUAUACAAAUGUUGUCUAUGUUAGUCAUGAAUUAGUGUUACACAAUAGCCAUACAUUUCUUUAUGAGAGACGAUUCACAUUACAUUUACAUUGUCAAACAAUGCAGUGCAAGCAGCUGCCUCAAUCUUUCUCAUGUAUUAUAACUAGUAAUACUUCCGUGUAUUGUUCGCCAUAACAUUAGAAUUUUAUGAACUCAACAUAAUAACAAAA